AUGAAUUCACCGCAACAAGCAAAUGCUGCUCAGCUGGCAGCACGCAGCAUCAAAGCGAAACCUAGAGGCAGAUUGGCAGGCCAAAAAAGUAGCGGCUUCCCACCCUUACAAAACAACAACCCUAAUAAUAAUGCUGCCGUUGGCGGUGGAAGCGGUGGUGGUCUGUUUGGUGGAAGUGUAGCUGCGCCCGGUUCAUUCAACUUUUCAGCGCCGGCUGGAACACCAUCUUUCAGUCCUUCAUUUGGAGAAUCGACGCCAAAUCCGUUCGCACAAUCCGCUGCAUCAACCAACCACGAUGACCCACGUGCAGAUACAACAGGUGAAGAAGCUCUAAGAAAAAGCAAGGUAUUCAGCGGUGGCUUUAGAGCAGCUGGUGAAAAUGAGGAAGCCUUAUUUGCUUCGCACUCUCCAUUCCAUCAUAAUAAUCAACAACAGCAAUCCAAUACUUUAGGUUCUUCCAAUAAUACACAACCACAAAAUAUGUUCGGUGCAACAAACGCGACGCAGUCGAACGCAGGUGGAUUCCAGUUUGGAUCUUCAACUUCGCAGAAUCAAACAUCAACUUCAGGUUUCGGUGGCUUCAAUUUUACACCUACAUCUCAAGCGGCAGAUAACAAUAGUAGUUCUACUUUUGCCUUUGGUUCCUCGUCACAAGCUCCACCUGCAGUGAAUAAUAGCACCCCAGCCUUCAAUUUUGGCGCGACAAAUUCAGGUUCGGCAGAAAAUUCUUUGAAUUUUGGUGCAAAUUCACUUUCAAAGGCACCAAAUCCUCUCACCCUUGAAAAUCAAAAAGCAAGUAAUGUUUAUUCUGAUCCAUCUCAAAUUCUCUUUGGUUCCAAUAACUCCCCAACAGCCUUUUCUAAUUACCAACCCGGCAAUUCAACCUUUGACCAACAGUUCUUUCAUUCAAACGAAGACGCCGGAAACAUGUUUGGCAACCACAAAGUCGAGUAUCCUCCAGAAGCUGGGCAAGCGCCGGUACAACCUUCUCAAAUUCAACAUCCAAUGGGCCAACUAGGAUUGUCCGCCGACUUUAAUUAUCGUGGAAGUUUCUUAGCCAGACCAACGGAGUCCCUCUUUGGCAAUGGCCAUAUGCUUACGGACUAUCGUGCUAACCAAAAUCAAUUUGUACAGGAAAAUUCGAGUACCUCAUUCGGACAGAACAAUACCAACAAUUCUUUUGGUGCGCAAAAUAACUCAUUUGGCGGUUCCUUUGGUGGUGGCUUCGGUAAUCAAGCCAAUACGAGUUUUACUGGUCUCAGUUCUACCAAUGCUGCACCUUCAAGCUCUCAGAACUUGUUCGGCAACACUACUGCAACCACAUCUGCUCCGUCUUCCUCUUUCACCUCAUCCUUCCCUGCAACUUCAGCUGCUCCAAGUACCACGAAUUUGUUUGGAAGCACUUCUGCCUCAUUCCCCACUACAUCAGCACCAACCACUACCAAUUUGUUUGGCAGUGUUAACUCGUCAUUUCCUCCUGCGACUGCUUCGAGCACUCCACUUUUUGGUGCUGCUAAGCCUGCCGAGGCUACCCCAGCUGCUUCGAGCAACUCAUUUUUCGGUAGUGCUAAACCUGCAGAGUCGACGCCAUCUACUUCAAGCACUUCCUUCUUCGGUAGUGUCAAACCUGCCGAGUCAGCUCCAACAGCUCCAAGCAACUCAUUGUUUGGUAGCCCUAAGCCUGCCGAGUCAACUGCGUCAACUUCAAGUAAUUCACUGUUUGGUGGGUUCAAGCCUACUGAUUCGACUCCAACUUCUUCAAGCACGUCGAAUAUCUUCGGCAAACCCCCAGCAACGCCUGCCUCUUCAACACCUUUCACCGGCUUUGGCAAACAAGCAGAAUCAACUCCAAAUCUGUUCAACCCUAAUAACCAGAUCAAUGGCCAAAGCAACAAUCUAUUUGGAUCAAAAUCUGCAGAAGAGCCAAAAGACAAGCAAACUCUUGAUCUGUUCAGUCCGAACAGACCAGCCGGCCAACAACUGUUCGAGUCAAAUGCAACGAACAGUUCGCCAGAGAAGGCAUCUGCCCAGACCCCAAAUGCUCUCUUCGCAAGCUUUGGCAAGUCAAAUUCUUCAACAGAACAUCAACUGGGUGGUGCAGCCAAAGAACAAGCUGUAAGUUUCUUUCCUGAUUCGUCGAAUGACGAAGCACAUCAAGCUAACAUUCCACAGUCCGCUGCUCCAUCCACCAGCCAAUCUGAAUCUUCAUUCAAGAUUCGCGGUACUGCUGAGGCGUCUAGUUUCAACAAAGCUUCUUCUCCUUUCAAAUCAGUUGACACCCCAACAGACGCAGCACAACCCGUUACAAGCAACCUAUUUGGUGGCUUCUCUUCUAAAAUACAAGAUUCUCAGCCCUCUAACGGAUCUUUGAGCAACGGCUCCGAUUCAUAUUCAAUGGCUCUCACUGCUCCUACAGACUCAUCUUCGCAAUCUCCACCAUCCAAUAGCAAAGCGCUUGCUCCUGUUAAGAGAGCACUUGCUCCUGGUAGAUUGUCCGAUUUUGAGUUCCAAGUUUCUGAACCCACAGACAUGGAGAUGGAUACCAAUAUGCCUGUUAACUUCAACACGGUUCAAAGAAGAGAAUUCAAGGCCCUUUGGCGCAUUGCAUCUGUGCAAAGAUCAAUGGCAGCUUACUUCCAGCAUUUGCCUCCUGGGGCAGACCCAUCUAAAGGAUUAGCAUGGAUGGAAGCCAAAAAGAGAGAGAUUCUUGCAGAAUAUAACAUUGAUCAUAUUUCCAACAAGCGAGACAGGGCAGCGGCUGAUCUUGAGAAUGAUGAGAAUCAAGAAAACAGGAGCCCUCAAAAGCGAGUUAGACAAGAUAGAGAACGCUCACAUCGUAUUCCCAGCCCAGAAAAGCGAUCGCGAAGUACUCGUAGUCCAGAAAGACAACGCUCACGUGCGACACAUGAUUCCGAGUCUGAGAUCAAUGGCAAUUCGGUAUUGAAAGCACCAAAACUUCAGCCUGGCCGUUCAUCCAGUCCAAGUAAAUCGCCUUCGAGAAGUGCAGCUCCAGAACCAACUCCAAGUAAGAAGAGAAGAAGUGAAACUCAAUCGGAAAUUGGUGGAGAAAGUAGCGGACACAAGAAGAGAAGACCUGAACAGUCGAAUAACAACGAAGGAAUUGACAGUGGUAACAGCAAGAAGAACGAGGAAGUUGACACUGGUAGCAGCAAGAAGAGAAGAGCUGAGGUUUACUUGACUCAAAAUGAUCCUGAAGGUAUUGAAGAUGGCAAGAACAGCAACAAGAAAACUUUAAACGGUUCUAGUUCAAGCACUUCUAACAUGUUCAAGAACAUUUUGGACAGCCCAGAUAAAUCAACAAGAUCGGUCAGCCCAGAGAGAAAGACCCGGGCAUUGCCUGGAGCUACUAAGGAAGCUGCAUCAGUACCAGCAGCAGCACCUGUUACAAAUCCAUUUGGAAAUUUGGCAGGUGCUUCUCCCAUCAAGUCGAAUACCGCUGCAACCUCUACUACGCCAAGCAAGCCUCCAGUCUUCACCUUCGCACCUACAUCUACCACGCCUACUACCUCCCCAACCAAACCACCUACAUUUACUGGUACUAGCGGUAUUAAACCACCUACCUUUGCCGGCGCUCCUACUGGUGGUAUCAAGCCACCAACUUUUGGCAGUGCACCCGUCAAUUUUAUGGCUCAAUUUGGAAAAAAGGCUGUUGAAUAUGCUGAAGAUAACGAAAAGAUUUUGAUGCAAAAAGCUAAGGAUGAAGAUUUUGAUUCUGAGGACGACGACGAGGCUGAGUGGGAGGCUAAGUACAAGGAGAAGAGAGCUGCGGAGCUUAAAGAAUUGGAAGAGCUUGCAAAGGCCAAGGCUCCUUCUUUCCUCGUCAAAUCGACCGAAACCCCAAAAGCCACCGAGCCAAAAGAGACUGUAAAACCAGCGGCUACAAACAUGUUCGGAUCAGUCGCCCCCACUACUUCUACCACAUUAUUCGGACAAGCUAAACCUGCUACCGGCGCUGCUGAGAGUAUUUUCAAUUCGGCAAAUACCUCGAGAGCAUCAACUCCUAACUUGUUCUCGAGCACUGGAUCCGUCCUUGAUGGUGCUGCAAGUGCUCCAGGAAAGACCCCUUCAUUUUCUGGUAACCCAUUUGCGCAUCUUUCUGAUGCAGAAUCCAAGAAUCAGAAUGAUGAGGACGAUGGAAGUUCUGAUGGCGGUUCUAACAGCGACGGAGAGGGUGAAAAGAAAGAUCCAAGUUACCAACCAAAGCCAAGCAAGACCAAUACAAGUACACCUGGUACUCCAGUUGAUGAGAACGGCUCUAACAUUUUCUCAAAAAAAGCACCUACUGAACCACCAACGUUCAAUUUGUUUGGCUCGGCUGCUAAGACUGAUGCAGCCAAACCCACCCCUGGUACUGGUGGAAGUCUUUCUAGUCGUAUGAGUUUUGGUGCUGCUCCAGAAGAGAAAGACGAUUUGGCACCAAAGCCAGCUACAAAUAUAUUCGGUAACUCUUUUGGCGCAACUUCUAGCACUCCCGAAGAUAAAACCUGGAAGCCAAAUACACCAAUUAAAUUUGGUAGUGAUGCACCAUCUGCGCCAGUUUUCAACUUCACUAGUGCUACACCAUCCUCCUCUACCCCAACUAAGCCAUCAACUAACCCAUCGGGGGGAUUGUUUGGUAGUUCUGGAACUUCGGCUUCUACUCUCUUUGGUGGAUCUACCACUACCACAGGAUUCCAGUUCGGCGGUCCACCAUCUGCUCCAGCUUCUUCAUUCCCUUCAGCAGAUGCAUCUCGGGCCAAUUCACCUGGUGCGACUACCGAUGGUGCUGAUGACAACGAUCCCGAAAAGGUUCAUGCUCAGGUGAACCUUUUGGAAUCUAGUCCAGGCGAAGAACAUGAAGACGCUGUCUACUCUGUUCGAACUAGAGCUUUGAAGUUCAAUCCAGCAAAGGCCGGUGAAGAAAAAUCUAGUCCAUGGGAUACCAAAGGUGUUGGACCAUUGAAAGUACUUUGCCACAAGGAGACGAAGGCUACUCGAAUUGUUUUGCGAAGUGACCCAUCAGGAUCUAUCAUCAUCAAUAGAUCACUUCUUUCGCAAUUCAAAUACGAGGCCAGUGGCAAGACUGUCAAGCUUAAUACAGUCGGUGAUGAUGGAAAGUUGGAAACAUGGGUUCUUCAACUCAAAAAUGUUGAAUUGGCGGAAGAAUUUGCCAAGUCGUUGGAGGAAAACAAGAUCAACAACAAGUAA